AUGGACCAUGCCUCACUACACAGUAAGAUCCGUGAGUUUGAAAAUCGGAUACGAAAAUGGCGACAACUCAGAUUUGGAUUCGUUGACUCUGCCCAUUUGAUACCUCCGAGAAGGUCUGCAUCAUCUGAUCCGAAACGCUUUACUGGCACAACUCCGUCAACAAGCGCUACACCCACGCAUCGAUCCUCAAGCGCGCUUCCUGUUGGGUGUCGUUCGAGUCCGAUGGCUCGGAAGGCUUUUACUCUCAAUUUUAAUGGUCCCAGUCAAGCACAACGUGAACUCGACGAAAUCGAACGGCGUUAUGAAGCGGUUAAAAGAAACUCCGGAAUUUUGCGAUUGAAUGGUGAGGUGGUCAAAGCUGAUUUCCAUGAUUUGGAGUUCAUAUCUGACAUAGGGAACGGUAGUUGUGGACAUGUAUCCAAAAUGAGUUACAAAGGACACGUUAUGGCGGUUAAGGAUAUGGCUCGAACUUCUAAUAAAGAGGAUAAUAAACGAAUAAUCAUGGAUCUGGAUGUGAUUUCACGAGCUGACGCUUCUCACCAUAUAGUUUUGUGUUAUGGUUAUUUUAUUUCAGAGACAAGUGUUAAAGUAUGCAUGGAAGUCAUGGCUUCUUGUCUUCAUACUCUUCUACGAAGUGCAAAUCGUAUGGGGAUCCGAAUUGCAGAAGGAUACAUUGGAAAAAUGUCUGUUAGCAUAAUACAAGCCCUAGAUUAUUUAAAAGAUCAUUUAAAUGUCAUCCACCGUGACGUAAAACCGUCAAACAUUCUUUUGGAUUGGAAUGGUGCCGUAAAAUUAUGCGAUUUUGGUAUUAGUGGGCAACUUAUUGAAUCCCGUGCUCACACCGUACAAGCUGGAUGCCCUCCUUAUAUGGCUCCUGAAAGAUUUGAUCCUCGAUACAAUGCGGAUUAUGAUAUUCGAAGCGAUGUAUGGUCUGUAGGAAUCUCAUUGGUGGAAUUGGCAACGGGAAAAUAUCCAUAUUCCCAUAUCGAUUCUGAGUUCGCGAUACUUGCUGCUAUCGUGAGGGAUCCUUCUCCCACACUUCCAAUGAACAUGGAUUUCACGCCAGAGUUCCACAAUUUCAUUUCUCAGUGUCUUCAAAAAGACUUUCAACUCCGCCCGAAAUACAAGGCUCUUUUGAGUCAUCCAUUUAUUCUCAAUAGUGAGAGUGAUCAAAGUCACGACCUUGGUAUUCUUGUGCAGGAUGUGCUGGCUCAGGAGGAAGAUUCAAAUCGGUAUUACCGUGUAUCAUCUCCGAAACUGUGCUCACCACGGAAGACAUCCAUAUUUUCCUCAAGUUCACCUUAUCCCUCUGAGAGUCCCAUUGGUUCGUCGGAUGCCGAAGAUGUCAGUGAAAUCCGUUGCACAUCGCCUCCGUUGUCUCGCGAUUCACCUUGGUACCGUAUCCCUUUAUUUCCUCUCGGAUAUUCCCCGGAUUCAACUAGGUCAACAUCUCCUACUGGAUCGUUGGCUUCUUCUUCCCAUGCUGGUCCAAGGAUACUGUAUGAAGUACCUGCACGUCGUAAACCAGUAACACUUCAGGAUCUUGAAUCUAUGGAGAGAUUUAAAGCGGAGAAACAGAUCUUCCAAUGUGUUUGGUGUUGGAAAUUCAAGGCGAUAACCACGAUUAUAGUAAUUGGAGAUGAGUUUCUUUCGGAUCCAUGUAAACUGGAUCAUGUUUGCAUUCCAGUUAAUAAACUUGAAGAUAGAUUGGAGAGAAUUACUCAUAAGUGGUUGAUGGAACUGCGAGAGAAGACGAAAUCGUGCAAAAGUUCACCCAAGAAGGAAUAUAGACGUUUUCUAAAAUGGCUUGGAGAAAAAUCGGAUGAAGAGGAUAAAGUUAGGAAAACACUGUUAAAAAUUCAUCGACGAUCGGGCGGAUUCAAGGAGCAUCAGAAGUUGUUUUCGAGGUUUUGCAAACCGAUGAAACAAUCGCGAGGAGUUAGAGUUAGAAAAUAUCAAUGGGUUCUGCCACAAUCCCUUCAAGAUGAGACAGAAUGGGAAUUUCUCACGGAUUUUGAUGGUAGUUUCGGGCAUAGGAAAAUGAGAACAGCGAAAUAUCCGGAAGAAAUGACCGGAAUCAGUACAGAAGAGAAAUUCUGGGGAUCAUAUUGA